AUCAUCACCAACACGAAGGAAGCAACGCUCAGUGUUGCUUCCUAGAACCUUCCUGCAACACAACCGCGACCGCUCGCAACUGUCUUCCAUGUCUGUCACAAAGUCCAAGUCGUACUGCUACUACGAUGUCCUGCGGAUCCCACGAUCAGCCACGCAACCUGAGAUUGUCAAGGCGUACCGCUCGCUUGCGCUGAAAUACCAUCCCGACAAGUUGCAGAACCAGCCCAAUGUCGACAUCCAAGCUGCGACAGAGUACUUUCAACUGAUUGUCAAAGCAUACAACGUCCUCUCGGAUUGCGACAAACGAUCUGGCUACGAUAUUAACGGACCCAAGUUGAAGCCAAGCUACGACUUGGAAAUCAAGGCCAGCUUGGGAAAGUUGACCCCUCUCCUGACAUGCGCGUUUGUGGGUUUUGUUGGUGGCGUCGCCGUGACCCAAACCAACGACAUCAGUCUGGUUCUCUUCUUCGAGCUGUUCUUCUCGGCGUUGUGUGGGGCUGCCACGUGUCUACCAACCAAGGACACGCCGACGCCAGCCAUGUCGUUGUCCGACUUUGCCGUCGUGGGAAGUAUGGGUAUAGGUCUGGGCAACGUCAUAGGAUUCCUCGGGUGGCAUUCGACCGUGUAUGUCGCUCAGUGUCUUGGGCUCCUAUAAAACUGAUCGUUGAUCGAUCAUCAUGCGAGACGUCGCCCUUUUAGUUGAUUCCAUCAUGCGACACAACGGACAACAUGCCUUCCGCCUAGUUUGCUCACGACCAACUCAUAGUGUAG